AUGCCAGAACCAGUUCAAUUUGAAUCAUUAUUAACAACAGAAGAUUUUCAAGGUUAUGAAGAUCCAGAAAAAUUUAAAACAUUUGUACCAAAAUUAGAAGCAUAUAGAAAAAAACUAAAUGAUGGAUUAAUAGAAGAAUAUAAAGUAGAAUUACCAAAACCAAUUGAAGAAUUAAUUGAUGAACAAUUUAAUGCUAAAAAGUAUCUUUAUGAAUCCGGUGCAUUAAGUGAAAAAGAAUUAGAAAUCACUGAUUCAAAAGGGUCCAAAAUAUUAAAAGAAAUAGCUGAUGGUAAUUGGAGUUGUGUUGAAGUAUUAAAAGCUUUUGCUCAUAGAACUGUUAUCGCACAUCAAUUGACUAAUUGUGCUUUAGAUUUAUUUAUUGAAGAUGGGUUAAAAAGAGCUCAAGAAUUGGAUGAUUAUUAUGCUAAAAAUGGCAAGACAAUUGGUCCAUUACAUGGAUUGCCUGUCUCAUUAAAAGAACAUUAUAAUUUUAGAGGCAGAGUUACUCAUGGUUGUUACGUAAAAUUAGUUGAGAAUGUUACUGAUGAACAUUGUGCUACACUUCAAGUCUUGGAAGAUUUGGGGUCAAUUUUUUAUGUAAGAACUUCACAACCUCAAUGUCUAAUGCAUUUAUGUGGUAAUAACAAUUAUAAUGGUCUUACUAGAAAUCCAUACAACUUAUUAUUAUCAAGUGGUGGUUCAUCAUCUGGAGAAGGUUCUUUGAUUACAUUAGGUGGAUCAGUAUUUGGUAUCGGAUCAGAUAUUGGUGGAUCAAUUAGAUCACCAGCUGCAUUUUCGGGUUGUAUUGGAUUAAGACCAAGUAAUCAUAGAGUUUCAUUGAAAGGAUGUGUCGCAGCAGCAGCAGGUCAAGAAUCAAUUGUGGUUGUUUUUGGUCCAUUAGCUAGAUCAGUUGAUGAUAUUGAAUUAAUGAUGAAAACUUUUAUUAAUGUUGGUCAACCUUGGAAUUAUGAUCAAGCUAUUCCUCGUAUACCUUGGCAAGAAGUUUCUAAACCAAAACCUGGAGAUUUAACUGUUGCUGUUAUUAGAGAUGAUGGGUUAGUUAGAGUUUCACCACCAAUUAGAAGAGGUCUUGAAGAAACAGUUAAGAAAUUGAAAGCAGCAGGUGUCAAAGUAGUUGAAUUUACUCCACCACAUACAAAAUUAGCUUAUGAUACAAUUAAUAAAAUGUAUAAUUGUGAUGGUAAUAAGAAUCAAAGAGAAUAUUUAGCUGCUUCGGGUGAACCUUUAACUAAAUUGACAAAAUGGUUUUUGAAUUUUGGAGAUGGUAAAAAACAUUAUACCAGCGCAGAAAAUAGAGCAUUAAAUGUCGAUAGAGAAUUUAUAAGACAUGCAUAUCAUGAUUAUUUUGUGGAAAAUAAAAUUGAUUUUAUUUUGACUCCUGCUUAUAACAAUGUUGCUCCCCAACAAGAAGAAGUUUAUAAUUGGUCAUAUACUGCAAUGUAUAAUAUUUUAGAUUUACCAACAUUAGCUUUCCAAACAGGAUUAUUCCAAGAUCCUGAAAUUGAUGUUUGGACUGAAGAAGAUAAAAAUUACGAGUACAGAUCUGACUUAGAAAGAUUAGAGAAUGAAAAUUAUCUACCUGAAAAAUUCAAAGGUGCUCCAAUUGGUUUACAAUUAAGUGCAAGAAGAUAUCAUGAUGAAGAGUUACUUGCAGGUGCUAAAACUAUUAUUGAUGAUAUUUUAAAAGUUGACUUAUUUGGACCUUAA